ACUAUCAUCCGAGACUAAGGUUCAUCUACACAACUCAAUCUUCCGAGUAGAAUCGCUUCAGCUAUGGCCUACUACGCGACACCCGCUGCCGCCAAUUAUUAUACCGCCCCUGCACACACUCAUAGACAAAGAGGGUUCCGUUUAUGCGAUCAGUGUGGAAUCGUUGAGCAGCCAGCGAUCAGGCAGUUUCGACUUUGCGGUGGUUGCAUGACGACCAACUAUUGCUCUACGGACUGUCAGAGACUGCACUGGCCUACACACAAAGCCAUCUGCAAGCAUACCAUAUCCCAGAUCUCGGCCUCCAAACAGCAACCCAUCAACGAUGACUAUCCAGAUGAAAAUCUUGCCAAACUUCUUCGAAAGUUCACUUCGAUGCAUACGUCGUUGUUGGGCUGGGCUGGGUUCCAGGGACUUCAGCUCAAGCAUGUGCCUGCGAAUGUCCGCCAGCAUGCGCUCCUUGUUGAGCUCAGCUACCGACCCUCCGCAGACAAACACCGGCAAUUCACCAUUAAAGGCACACACAUCGUUCCUCGAGCUUAUGUGACAGGCAGCGAUCCUCUUGUCGCGGCUGAGAUCCAGCAGCGCGAUGAUAGAUGCAGGCGCAGUGGUGGUAUCGGGGCUGCUGUCGUGUUGAUUCAGUGCGGGGGUCUCAGUCAGGUGAUGCCUGUCGAAGUUGACGCUCCAAGCAAGAUUACGUGGGAUAUCCGCGAUGAUUGGGAGGAUGUCCUCCACCAUUUCGUCGAGUCUGGUCGAUCAGAUUUCAAGCCAAUAUCGACUACUUCUAGAGGCGUGUAUUACGGGUGAUUGGCGGCCACCAAUUGUCAUCCUUGUUGGUUUAGACGAGACCUUCGGUACUGGACUAUCGUUGGUUGACUCAUCUGUCUUGUUCGAUUUUUUGCCAUUAUCUUGCUACUCUUUUUCCCUCCUUUCAUUGGGUUGGACUCUACCAAGAUACCUUAUCGUUUUUCCUGACGCUCUCUCCGUAGCAUUCUAUGUCGUUGAUCACUCACUGUAUUUUUAUCCCUCCGGGUCUUCACCCUUCGAUCUUGUAGUACUAAAUAGUGACAAUAAUAAGGCUGCCCAACACAA